AUGGCGGAAGAGCACAGAUGCGAAGCUCCCGAAGGCCACCGGCUCUGCGCUAACAACUGCAGCUUCUUCGGCAGCACGACCACCAUGAACCUCUGUUCCAAAUGCUACGGAGAGUUACAUCACUCUUCCUCCAAAUCCUCCAUGGAAAUUGCUCUCUCCUCCUCUUCUACUUCUUCUCCACCGGCUAUCGUGUCUCUUCCUCCUCCUCCUCCUCCUCCAGCGUUGACCUUGCCUGAGGUCGCCAAAGAUGUACGGGGAUCCAAACCCACGGGGAUCCCCGCAUACCCGCAGGGAUCCCCGCCCCAUAACCCUGCCCCAUCCCCACCCGCCCCGUGCGGGUGCAGGGGGUAA